CACACCCUCCCCUUAUUUUUCUUGACAUUUUGAGCUACCCAAUGCCAAGUAGAUUCCAAUAUUAAAUUCACAUUUUUCAAGAAAGUCUCACCAUCUCUGCUCCUACUGUAUCAAGAUGCAAACUUUACCCCUUUUUGAAUCUUGACAGAUACAAAAAAGCAGUCUUUUUUUGCUUUGAUUGUGUCUUUUUGUUGUUGCUUUAUAUGGUAAUGUUAAAGAUGAUACUUAAUAAUAUACUUUUAAGGUUUCUUCUUUUAUCUUGUCUGGCUUUUGCUUUAGCUGCUGAUACUCUCCUUUCUCCAAAGGGUGUUAAUUAUGAAGUGGCUGCUUUAAUGUCUGUGAAAAACAAAAUGAGAGAUGAAUACCAUGUGCUUAAUGGAUGGGAUAUUAAUUCUGUUGAUCCUUGUACUUGGAAUUUAGUUGGUUGCUCUUCUGAAGGAUUUGUUGUUUCUCUAGAAAUGGCUAGCACUGGAUUGGCUGGUACACUUUCACCAAGUAUUGGAAAUUUGAGUCACCUUAAGACAAUGUUAUUGCAGAAUAAUCACUUGUGUGGUCCUAUUCCAGCGGACAUUGGAAACCUUCCACAACUGCAAACUCUUGACUUGUCCGGUAAUCAGUUUACUGGUGAAAUUCCAAGUUCAUUGGGUUACUUGAGUCGUCUCAGUUACUUGAGGCUUAAUAGAAAUAAUCUGUCUGGACAAAUUCCUAGACCUGUGGCAAAGCUUACAGGUCUUUCAUUCUUGGACUUGUCAUUCAAUAAUCUUAGUGGUUCAACUCCAAGAAUAUUAGCCAAGGGCUACAGUAUUGCUGGAAACAACUUUCUAUGCUCUUCAACAUCAACAGAAAUUUGCACGGGUGUUCCAGAUACAGUAAAUGGAACGAAUUCAUAUAAACAGGUCAGCAGCCAUCACCGGUGGAUUGUUUCCGUUAUUAUAGGUGUCAGCUGCACAUUUGUGGUUUCCGUGUUGCUGCUUGUUUGUUGGUUGCAUUGGUACAGGUCUAAUAUCCUUGCCACAUCAUAUGUGCAGCAAGAUUGUGAAUUUGAUAUUGGCCAUAUAAAGAGGUUUUCUUUUCGUGAACUGCAAACUGCUACCAGUAAUUUUAGUUCCAAAAACAUCCUAGGACAAGGUGGAUUUGGAGUCGUCUACAAAGGCUAUCUUGCGAAUAGGACAAUAGUAGCAGUCAAGAGGCUCAAAGAUCCAAAUUUCUCUGGGGAAGUGCAGUUUCAAACCGAAGUUGAAAUGAUAAGCCUUGCUCUGCACAGGAACCUCUUACGCUUGUAUGGAUUUUGUUUGACUUCGGAAGAGAGGCUACUUGUAUAUCCUUACAUGCCAAAUGGCAGUGUUGCUGACCGCUUAAGAGACACUAAUCGAGGAACUCCAUCUCUGGACUGGAAUAAGCGCAUGCACAUUGCUCUUGGAGCUGCUCGUGGGCUUUAUUACUUACACGAGCAAUGCAAUCCAAAAAUAAUACACAGAGAUGUCAAAGCUGCAAACAUUUUGCUUGAUGAAAGUUUCGAAGCAGUUGUUGGGGAUUUUGGUCUCGCUAAAUUAUUAGAUCGCACAGAUUCACAUGUCACAACAGCAGUCCGGGGUACUGUAGGGCACAUUGCCCCUGAGUAUCUUUCGACUGGACAAUCUUCUGAGAAAACUGAUGUAUUUGGAUUUGGCAUACUCCUUUUGGAACUUAUAACAGGCCAAAAGGCAUUAGAUGCUGGAAAUGGUCAAGUUCAGAAGGGUAUGAUUCUUGAUUGGGUUAAAACUUUGAACGAGGAUAAAAGACUUGAAGUUCUUGUUGAUAGAGAUCUGAAUGGUUGUUACAGUGCUGAUGAGCUGGAAAGAACUGUAGAAGUGGCUUUGCUUUGUACUCAAUCGCAGCCAAAUUCAAGACCAAAAAUGUCUGAAGUCUUGAAAGUCCUAGAAAGCAUCACCGGACAGCCAUUAGCUAUGGAGGAACCACAAGCUGCAGUAAACCCAUGUGAAGGAAGAACAUAUAGUUUUGCUGGGAAUUACAGUGAUGGUCACGAAGAUUAUUCAUUUGUCAUCGAAGCAAUGGAGCUUUCUGGACCUCGGUGAUCUCUUCUGUCAUUUCCAGGUGCCUGGAAUUCUUUUCACAAAAUUCAUAUUGUAGCAUGGUUAUACAUUUCAUCAUCUGUGUUACUGUAAUAUUUUCCAUCUAUGAUGUAUACUAAAAUGUAUAGAAGUGAUGCUUGCAGCCUUGCAGGCAUAUAAGCCAGUUAGAAUGAUUAAGAAUAGUAUGUUGAUCUGUUUCUUUGGCUUGCUUGGAGGGAGACCACAUUAUGCAACUAGCUUCUUGAAUUCUGAUGACUAAAACACAGAG